UAAACUAUUAAUACAGUCUAUUUUAUUAAAUUAGUUGUUCGUCACACUGGACUGGACACAAUCGAUUUAAAGGGUUAAAACAGGCUCUACCACUGGAAACAAAUAGGCAUAGAGCACCACACUACUUGUACCAUCACUAUCUUAAUUUGGGUUAACUUGAUUGGGCUAAACUCAACUACAUAAAUUAUUAUAAUUUAUAAUUUGUAUUGUUUUUAUCAACUUAUUAUCAGUCUGGGCUAUAUAAGGUGACGGACUGUUUGUACUCUCGCAAACCAUCCACGAUGUUGACCCUGACUGUUGUAAUCCUGCUGUGUGUCGCUCUGUACCUUUAUGGCACAAGAACAUUCAAAUAUUGGGAGAAAAGAGGAAUCAAACAUGACAAGCCAGUACCAUUUUUCGGCAACAAUUCACGUAUGUAUUUGUGGAAGAAAAGUAUGACACAGAUUGGCAUGGAAAUGUACUGGAAAUAUCCAAAGGAAAAGGUCGUGGGAUUUUACAGAGCGAUGCGUCCGGAACUUGUCAUCAGAGAUCCAGAAAUAAUAAAACUUUUUUUAUUAUUUCUGGUUUCAGACUUUGGAUAUUUUCAUUUCAGAGGUAUCAAUACUCACAAAACCGUUGUUGAGCCCAUUGCAAAAAAUCUCUUCCUUGCUGAAGGAGAUCUCUGGAAGCUUUUGAGGCAGCGCAUGACUCCCGCGUUCACCAGCGGCAAACUGAAGGCCAUGUUCCCACUAAUUGUCGAGCGUGCUGAGCGCUUGCAGACCCUUGCAAUCAACGCACCAAAAACUGGACGAGUUCUGGACUCCCGCGAGAUAAUGGCGCGGUAUACCACUGACUUCAUCGGUGCUUGCGGGUUCGGUCUGGACAUGGAUUCUCUUAGCGUAGAAAAUUCCUCUUUUAGACAACUCGGUAUCGAUAUUUUUAAAGUUGAAAUCGGUCAAAUUGUUAAACAAAUGCUUAAAGAAAUGUUUCCCGAAACUUUCAAACAUGUUAAAAUAUUUGGAAAAUUAGAAAAUGACGCAUACGCACUUGUCAGAAAUAUUCUUCAAAAGAGAAAUUAUGAACCAUGCGGCAGAAACGAUUUUGUCGAUUUACUUCUUGAAUGUAAGAAAAAGGGGAAAAUAGUUGGACAAUCAAUAGAACUAAUUAAAUCAAAUGGUAUGCCUGAAGAAGUUUCUUUGGAAUUAACUGAGGAAAUAAUGAUGGCUCAAAUUAUGGUCUUCUUCGCCGCGGGUUUCGAAACUUCAUCUUCCUCUACGAGCUAUACGCUACAUGAACUCGCAUAUAAUCCUGAGGAGCAACGAAAAGUGCAAGAAGAAGUCGAUAGAGUUUUGAAGAAGUACGACAACAAGCUAUCGUACGAUGCAGUUUCUGAAAUGACUUACUUACAUUGCGCUUUUAAAGAAGGCAUUCGCAUGUUCCCAUCGUUGGGUCAUUUGGUCAGAAAGUGUGCUCGUAAAUACACGUUCCCCGACUUGGACCUCACGAUAGACGAGGGCGUUACAGUAUUAAUACCUGUGCAGGCGUUGCACAAGGAUCCGCUGUACUUUGAUGAGCCAGAACGAUUCAAACCAAGUCGAUUCUUAACUGAUUUUAUCAACCCGAUGACCAAAAACAUAUAUUUACCAUUUGGAGAAGGCCCCCGUGCGUGUAUUGGUGAGAGACUUGGUCUGAUGCAGUCGCUGUCGGGUCUGGCGGCGGUGCUGUCGCGCUACUCGGUGGAACCCGCGCCGGAAACGGUGCGCCAUCUUAAAGUUGACCCAUCUUCUAAUAUGGUGCAAGGAGUUAUCGGUGGUUUGCCUUUGAUAUUUAAGUCGAGAAGUUAGUAAACGUUUUAGAGUAGACUUUGUAUUCGCAUAUGAUUUGGCUUUGUUUUUAAAUUGGGAAAACGUAGUUACUUAUUUGUACUUGAGUUUAUUAAUUGUAGUCAAUUUAACUCUAUUAUUUACAUGCAUUUUUAUAUUUACAACGACUGUAUAUUUGAUAAUUGUUCAAGUAUGUAAUUUAGUUGUCUAGGGCAUAUUUAAGCUAGUCAUUUUUGAUAGCCUUAAUUAAUAAAUAUUUUUGACAGCAUAUUUUUUUUACUCCUUCAUUUUUAUAAUUCUUUUUCAAAA